AUGGAAACAAAUUAUGCUGCAUUAUACAACAUAAAGCAGAUAAUAACCAAUGAUCAAUAUGACGCCCAUUUGACCUUAUAUGAUGUAUCCCUCGUGAAAACAACUAAACAGAUCAUCUUUAACAUUGCCGUUGGUCCAGUAUGUUUACCAUUCAGGUAUUCUCAAAACGAUUUCGCUGGACAAUUAGUGACGAUUCUAGGUAAUUUCCUUAAAUAUACUCAAAUGUUUGGACGGCUAAUUGCACGUGUUUCAGGAUGGGGAACCACCGAGUUUUCAGGGCCGGUCUCUGAACAUCUUCGUAAAACCAACGUCACGGUGUAUUCAAAUUUUGAGUGUCAACCACAAAUAUCAAGUAAACUUCUGUCCAAUCAACUGUGCACGAGCAGCAUAAAAACGGAUUCAUGCCAAUACGAUUCUGGUGGACCUGUGAUAUUUGCUGAUAGCCUAACGAGACGUGAUUUCCUGAUUGGUUCCAUUUCCAGUGGUCGUGGCUGCGCCGGUGGCAUUCCAUCAAUUAAUUCCAGAAUCACGAGUUUUCUGCAAUGGAUUGUAGAUGUGACACCUGGUAAAUACAAAGACUGUUAUGCACUAAGCGAUACUUGUCAUUACUUGGCAACUUGUAUAAAAAUUUAACACUGCAACUUAUACUAAAUUGACUUUAUCAAAAACAAAUAUAUUGGUGUAAUAUUAAAUCAGAGAGUCAA